GGGGGGGUGGACUGCAACGGUGAUGUCCGGUCAGCUUGGUGUCUUGGCCGGUCAGGAAAUAAACCGGAUGAAUAAUACACAGUGUCGACGGUCACAUGUCGUGCAGCGGGCUCCUGAAUGAUUUAAAGCUUUUUACAUCAUCAGCCUCACCCUCCCUCCCGCUCUGUCUGCCGCUGAUGCACCGCGCAGCCCGGAGAUGCUGCUGCUGAUGCUGGUGACCGACUGCAGCAUCCGACAUGGGUAUCCUCUAAUCCGGCCGUGCCACAUUUUUUCACGAGUGAUGGCGCAUUAUAACGUGGCGAAAACCGUGCGUCUUUCCUAUAGGGAGUGUGUUUAUGAUUUCGCGGAGUGGACGGAAUGGUCGGUCAAUGGUCCCGUCCUGUCACCUUAACGAUUACUUUCUCUCUCACUAUGUGGGGAAAAACUGACGUGGCAUUCUACUGAGCCUGAAAACAGAGGCGUGGACAGCAAGACAAAAUCAGAUUUUCUUCAUUUAUUUGGAUUAGGAAUAAUUCCUCUUCCAAAGUGCUCUGCACAUCUUCUUGAAGAACUCAGUCACAGAACUUAAGGAAAAACACUGGUCAAACAGUAUCUUCCAAUACUCCCCAUUGGCUUUCAAUAUGAGUGGUCUGGUAGGGAAGCUGGAUCCUCGCAGGAUACAGUGGGGUUCGACAUGGAACACCUUUGCAUCCCGUGUCCUCAGGACCAAGCCUGUGGAGUCCAUGUUAGAUUCAGCCAUAUCGGGUACAAGCUCACAUGGAACCAGACUGGCCCGGGUUUUGUCUACGGUGGACCUAGUAUCGCUGGGUGUGGGCAGCUGCGUCGGGACGGGGAUGUAUGUGGUCUCUGGACUGGUCGCCAAGGAGAUGGCUGGCCCUGGGGUCAUUGUGUCCUUUAUUAUUGCUGCUGUUGCCUCCAUUCUGUCAGGAGUAUGCUACGCAGAGUUUGGUGUCCGUGUGCCUAAGACCACAGGUUCAGCCUACACAUACAGCUAUGUGACAGUGGGGGAGUGUGUGGCUUUUUUCAUCGGUUGGAACUUAAUUCUGGAAUAUCUGAUUGGCACAGCAGCGGGGGCGUCAGCUCUCAGCAGCAUGGCGGACUCACUGGCCAAUCACACUAUCAGCAACUUUAUGAUUUCACACAUUGGAACACUCAACGGCUUAGGUAAAGGAGAACAGUCCUACCCAGACCUACUGGCGCUGCUGAUAGCACUGCUGGUGACAGUGAUAGUGGCUUUGGGUGUGAAGAACUCUGUUGGUUUCAACAACGCAUUGAACGUCAUCAACCUUAUAGUGUGGGUGUUCAUGAUGAUCGCUGGCCUGUUCUUUGUAAAUGGGGAGAACUGGGACGAGGGGAGAUUUCUGCCUUUCGGCUGGUCAGGGGUGAUGCAGGGUGCAGCCACCUGCUUCUAUGCCUUUAUUGGAUUUGACAUCAUUGCUACAACAGGAGAAGAGGCCAAGAGUCCCAACACCUCCAUCCCCUAUGCUAUCACCGCCUCACUCAUCACCUGCCUCACUGCCUAUGUCUCUGUUUCUGUCAUUCUGACACUGAUGGUAACAUACGAUAAAAUUGACGAAGAUGCACCACUGAUGGAGAUGUUUGCCAUUCAUGGUUGUAUGUUCGCAAAGUACAUAGUGGCGGUAGGCUCUAUAGCUGGACUGACUGUGUCCCUCCUGGGUUCGCUGUUCCCCAUGCCCAGGGUCAUCUAUGCCAUGGCAGGAGAUGGCCUGCUCUUUAAGUUCCUGGCCCAUGUGUCUUCCUACACAGAGACCCCUGUUGUAGCCUGUGUGGUUUCAGGGUUUCUGGCUUCCUUGCUGUCCCUCCUGGUCAGCCUUAGAGACCUCAUAGAGAUGAUGUCCAUAGGAACGCUUUUGGCCUAUACCCUGGUGAGUCUCUGUGUGCUUCUCUUACGCUACCAACCUGAGGGAGACAUCCAUGGUUUCGUGAACUUUCUCUCUGAGGAGCAGAAUAAAAAGAGGAAGGAAGGCGUUCUGGCUGAGUGUGAGAAAGACGCCUGCUCGCCAACCAGCGAGGCCGAUGAGUAUGGCGGUCCGCCCACUAACACCUGCGGAGCCAAAAACCUGCCUUCGCUGGGUGACAAUGAGAUGCUGAUUGGCAAACCAGAUAAAAAUGCAUACACGGCCAGUCACCCUAACUAUGGUACAGUGGAUAUGACUACUGGUAUUGAAGCAGAAGAAUCAGAAGGUGGGCUGUCCCGGCGGUUAAAGAAGCUGAUUGGACCACGCUACUAUACUUUGAGGAUCCGAUUGGGCCUACCGGGAAAGAUGGAUAGACCAACUCCAGCCACGGGGAAAACUGUCACUGUGUGUGUUCUGCUGCUCUUCAUCUUCAUUUUUGCUUUCUGCUCCUUCAUAAUUUUUGGAGCUAGCACUAUUGGGGAGGGUCGUUGGUGGGCCUUGCUGCUAUUGAUCUUCUUCAUCAUUAUCAUUGCCCUACUGGUCAUCAUCAUCCUCCAGCAGCCAGAGAAUCCUAAGCGACUUCCCUACAUGGCACCCUGUGUGCCCUUCGUACCUGCUUCAGCCAUGCUGGUUAAUAUCUACCUCAUGCUCAAACUGUCUGCAAUCACCUGGAUACGAUUUUCAAUCUGGUGCCUCGUGGGUGUGCUCAUAUACUUUGGCUAUGGCAUGUGGAAUAGUACUCUGGAAAUCACAGCCAGAGAGAAUGAAGUGCAUGCUUCCACCUACCAGCGCUACGAUCAAGGUGUUGACGAAGGCUUCUGCGGCUUCGAAGAUGAUUUCUACCCACCUACCACUGACACCUGGGGUGCACCAGACGGGGGAUCAGGGCUAACCUCGCCCCCUGUGGCAAAACCUGAAAAUGAUGGGAUGCCAUCGAAAAGUGGAGGCAGAACCAUUGCCAAUCAUGGCCUCGCGGAGGAGGAUCCAAUGGAUUUCUAAGGGACUGACUCUGUGUUACCCUGAAUGUACUGCCUUGUCUGCUGCCUGGGGGAUGGGAGGGGAAGAAUAUGUGAGUGCACGAAUGACUGUGUGUGUGUGUGUGUGUGUGUACAUGCCAGCAUGUGUGUUUUUUUUGUGUGUCCAGCUCUUGGGCUAGAUUGUUUGUUGGCAGUGGAACUGCUUUUCUAUCACUUUAUUCCACCGUGCCUGGCUCCCCCGCUUCCACAGAAAUUUAGAUGUCAAGGUCAUGAGUGUCUUGACUCAUUUGCUUGUUAUUACUUACUGGAAUCCACAUGACACACAAAGAAAGGCCAGACAGAAAAAGUGCAGAUGUAGCAAGAGAUAAAAUAUAAUGUGGCUCUCUGAACUCUGAACCAAAUGAGAGUGUCUGUUAAGCAAUUUUUUUAACUGUUUAUUUCUCAGAAUUACGAGAUACAAUAGAGGAGAAGGCAACAAGAUGGGGCAGAUGAAUCAGCACGUCCCAUCCUGUUUUAACAGACAGGCAGGAAGGUUAGAUGACAGCAUGGCAAGCCCAAAUGACUUCCUGUGGACAGCUCUGGUUUUCUCCGUUCAUUCCAACAGAAAGAAAAAGCGCUGCACGUACCCUCAAAAUAAUAAUAAAAAAAAAAAAAACGUUAACCCUCAGCGUUAUUUCUCGCUUUAAAUGUUUCCCUGACCCCAAACAUCUAGCCCAAGUGAUUCUGAGGUGAAUUUGGGAAAGGGUGUUGAUGUUUUCUGUCACAAAUAUUACUUGGACUUUGCUUGCAAUAGUGCCUUCAUCUACUGUAUGUGUACGUGAGUUUCUGAUUAUGUCGGUUUUCUACUUUAAUUUUGCCUGCGCGUGCGUUUGAGGGUGUACUGCAUGUACACUCAAAAAUCCACCCUUACAUGGGUUAUUAUAUUUGUGUUUGUAUAAAGUGUGUUCUUCAGAUUGUUUUACUCUGUAUGUAUAGGUAUUUUUUCCCACUCUUCCCCAGCAUGAAGCUCCGCGUGAAUUCACUUGCAACAAAUCAACUCAUCAGUAUAUCGGAAAAGAGGAGAGAGUAGUCGAUAUAAAAGCAAGAGAGAAUGAGCUGAAUCCUAACUGGUAACCACUAUGGUUACUCUGAAGAAAGUCAUAUUUUCUCCUGUUUUUUUUUUGCAUGAUCAGUAUAUAAUUUUAUUUAAAAUUCAUUCAGAAUGUUUUUUGACUUAUUAUCAUUUGUUCUUUUUGCUUUCUUUUUUACCAAAUGAAAUGAAAUCUAAUCCUUCCUCUUCCUCCUUUCCUUUGCUUUUCUUUCUUCCAUUCCUUCUUCUUCUUUGCAUUUUAUAAGGUUCCACAAUUCCUUUCUUCUUCCAAACCAACUCUAUCUUCCUCUCUCUGCCACCUCACUCUCGUCUUGAUAUCCAUCGGGCCAUGUCAUCCACUUUAAGCCACAAGUGAUAGAGCCAGGAUUGGUUUUCAGUCAGGAUUUGUAACAGCAAUCUGUUCAUGGCCUGUCGAUCUAUUAGCUCCUGUUUCACUUAAGGGUGUCCGCUAUCGCUUUUCUGAUUUGUCACUGGAGCAUUUACUACACUCCCUGUGGUCCUGCUCCCACCUAGACUCAAGCUGGUAUGAGUGAACCUCACUUUUUGGCCCUACAUUGUUUUUAAAGCAUGUAGCUUGUGCUGAAGUCCCACUCUUCACAUGGUACCUACAAUCACUGGUGCACUCUGAAGAGCUUGUGAAAAUCAGCUGGAUCAGAUAAUGAGCCGGUGUGGUUUAAUAUGUAGGACGAGUAAGCUGCAGCCAAGGCUAGGGGUUGGAUUUCAUAAUUAGUAUAUUGCAAGGCAUGUUUAAGAGUAAAACACUUUUAAACAAGCGAAUACAAAGUGCUUUACAUUGAAGGCAUUGUGCAAUUUAUCCAUUCAUGGCACUAUAACUGAUUUUGGCAUCAACCAAAUAGCACACCGCUUUGUUGGUCUAUAAGGGUGGGGGGUGCUUCUUCUAUAUAGCUGCUGCUGCUGUCUGCCCUGAUUGUCCUUCUUGUACCUUUUGCCCCUGUUGCUGCAUCAGUCCCUUCCAGGGAAGCCUUAUUUGUCUAAUGCACUAAAUCUAAGGAUGCCACGCUAUACCCCCACCCCACCUCUGCCCCCCUCACAACCAUCCACAUUCAAAAAAAAAAAAGCAAAACAAAAAUAAAACAAACCAAAAAUUUAAAAAGUAAUAAAAAAAUUAUUGUAUAAACAGGCCCUUUGGUAGUGUCCAGUGAAGAGAUUAUACCAACUCCAUAUACGCAGGGAUUUAUGUUCAUAUUGAAUGAUUCUGCAGGUAGCCAGUGCACGGAGCAGUAUGCUGUGCAGGCAAGUGGAAGUGAAUUUAGUUGCAGUUGAGCUUGAAGCCUGUGUAGUCUGCCAAGGUCAUGACUUUAGUAUCUUUUAUGGAAAUGUGACUGGGUUAUUGACUUGGGGGGGGGAUCAUAUUUUAUGACCACAAUAUUACAUUAAACCACACUGUAAGUUCCAGCCAUGGAUGUUAGAAGAACUGAUAUUUUAUGGUUGGCAAAGGAAAAAAUAAUAGAAAGUUUUGCAGAAUUGUCCAAUAUAAACAUUAUGCUAGGUGAUACUGUUGGAAAAGCAUUUGCACAUUAAAUCUCGCACACAUCUAAACAUAUUUUCAUUUUGUACUUUUGAGCCAAAAUACCCACUCAGAUCACUUCCUAACUCAGCCAAAAGAAUCCAACAGCUUUGCAUUCAUAGCUCAGCCAAAACAAAAAAGCAAAUUCAGGCAAUGCCAUUCCUCUCACACUGGACUGUACAGUCGACUUUCUAUAUUAUCUGAUCUGCGUGUGUGUAUUAAGACGAAUGCAUGUGCUGUAUGUGUGUGCGAUGUGCGUUUGUGGUCUACGCCUGCGCCUCAGUGUGAUCGUCUGGUGAAUGUGUAGCAUGCUGUCAUGCACGAGGCCCAGACUAUACAUGUUGUACUUGCAUGCGGUGACUGAUCGCAAUGACCUGUAAUGGAACACUAAACCAAACCAAAUGCAGGCUUAAUUCUUAUACCUGGGAACGUUGGCCUCUCUGCUCUGGAAGGACUAAUGUUUAACAAUUUCAUAGGUUAAAUAAAACCACUAUCCUACAGGAUGAUUUUGUGCAUUUGUUGCACUUUGCUGCAUUUUUCUAUUCUGAUGGGAACCCAGAAUUUUACUUUAUAACUCAAUACUAUGUUAAAUGAAAGAGCUAAAGGAAUAUUAUAUACGAUAUUCAGUUCAAAUCGCACAUUAUUUUCCUCAGUAAUCUCCUUGCCCAGGUAUGAGAACCAGGACUCCAUUUGAAAAAGAAGGAGUACAUGUAGCAAACACAUUGAUGUGGGUUGCUCUUCUCACAUCCUUCCUCAAGCACUUACAAUAUGCCUACUUCCUCUUUGUCCAUCUUCUCAACCACAACCUCUGCAAGCCAAAGUCCACAAUGUUUGUUUACUUUUCACGUACAGAUAUCUGUAGUUUCUUCAGAGUGAAGACCUGAGAAAAAAACAGAGCUAAAUUUUUUUUCUUCUCUUCUAAUAAGCUACUUUAUCACAAGCAGACAGAUUUUUCUUUUAUUAAAGUGACUUUGGUCAUUGGUAUAAAGGAUAAUUUCUGAAUUUUUGCUAGUAUUUCGUUAAUAUUUAAAGUAUUAGUGUAGACUCCGAUGCAUCUGUUCUGCAACGACACGAUGCAGUGAAAAGUACAACACUAUAGGAGGAGUGAACUAAAAGAAAGGUAUUUUUCUACAGCUGUUUCCCAUUCACGGACCCUCCUCGGGAAGGUGUACACAGCAGAGUUGGGUGGCGUUAUCAGUCUUCACUUUCUGUGGUUUUGUUUAAUCACAAGGAGGCCUGGGAGAAACUGCUAAAAUAUAUUUUUAACAGCCGUAGUCUCUCUAGAAUGAAAAGGCUCAUUUAUAAACGUUAAUCUUUUCCUUUGAAGGUUUUUCAAAUGGUUGCUCAAGACGUCAAUACGACUAUAGAUGGUUUAGGAGUAAGAAUACUAAUGACUAAUAAGAGAAAACACGCAGAAACUAUUUUAAUACGAUUCUAUAAAUGGUAAACUACACACAAAAUCAAAGAUUGCCUCUGUUGCUUUUAAAGUCAGUUACUGUUUGUUUAUUUAGUCUUGGAGAAGGCGUGCCAUGUUCUUCCUGUGCUCUGUGUUCACUGUGGCCAAGCGUCCAGUCAGUGUGUGUUGGACUUGUUGAGAUUGGCUUCUCUUGCAACAGCAGAUUUUAUUCCUUUUCACUUCUGUAUAUUUUGGCACAAAGCUGUAUAAUGUAAUUGUUUUUAAUUUUUGUUUUUUAAAGGUUUCUUCCAUAUGUGUGGUUAAUUUGCUCCUGGGUGCACUGUUUUUGCUGAGUUGUUGAUAUUGCUUCCAUGCAACAAUGAAAGUUAGUUAUUGCAAUUACAAAA